AUGCCAGAAGCUGAUGUGACAUUAGCCCCAGCAGAGUUGGAGAAAGCUGAGCUAUAUUGGACAAAGGAAGCGCAAAAGGGUCUGAAAAGCAGAUUUGAGAGAGGAGAGUUCAGAACCCUUACUCCUUUCAUUGAUAACGAAGGAGUAAUCAGAGUAGGAGGAAGAGUUGAGAACUUAGUGACAUCAUAUGAAUCUACACAUCCAGCUCUACUCCCAGGUUCCCAUCACAUAACUCUACUUUUCACACGUCACGUUCAUGAGAUUGGACACCCAGGUGUUGAGACGACAACCGCCAAGGCGAGACGCAAGUUUUGGAUCUUACAAGGACAUCGUUUGGCAAAAACCGUCAAGCAUCGCUGUGUUAAAUGCAGGUCAACAGAAUGCAAGCGUGAGACCCAGAAGAUGGCUGAUUUACCUAGUAAUCGUGUCGCACCUCACACUCCAUCAUUUCAUUACACCUCCUGUGACUAUUUUGGCCCCUUUCAAGUAAAGGUUGGUCGUAUUAAGAGGGCCAAGCAUUAUGGUGUAAUCUUUACAAGUGUAAAUACGCGUGCCGUUCAUCUGGAAAUGGCAACUGACUGUUCAACAAUGGAAUUUCUCCAAGUCCUAAGGAGAUUCUUAUCAGUGAGGGGACGACCAGCUCAGAUCCUUAGCGACAAUGGAACGCAAUUUGUGGGAGCUCAACGCGAACUUCGCGAGAUGAUAUCGGGAUGGAGUGAAGAUGAGCUCAAAGAUUUCUGUGCAGAUAAGGGGAUACAGUGGAAGUUCAUCACCCCUAAUGCACCCCACCAAAAUGGGUGCGCUGAAUCUCUUGUUAAAAGUGCCAAAAUAUCAAUCAAGAAAGCAAUUGGUGAGCAAGUGCUCACACCAUUUGAGUUGUAUACAUGCUUUCUUGAAGUAGCUAACCUUAUGAAUGAGAGACCGAUAGGACGGAAAUGCAAUGACCCAGAUGAUGGAAAUUAUUUGUGUCCAAAAGAUAUGUUGUUAGGUAGGUCUUCUAGAAAUGUCCCACAGGCAUGA